CAGAACGCGCAUGAUUGGCAGGGAAGGGCCCGCUCGGAGCGCGGCUCCGGCUCCGGCUGCGGCUGCGGCUCCGCGGGCGAUGGAGCGCGGGGCCCUGCCCGGCCCCGGCCGCCUCCUGCCCCUUCCCGCUCCGCUCCUCCCUCGCUUUCUCGGCAACUCGAGGCAGCAGCGGGAAUAUUGGACCUGAUGGACCGCAUGACGGAGGACGCGCUGCGCCUGAACCUGCUCAAGCGGAGCCUGGAGCCGGCGGAGGAGCGCGAGGACGUCCUGGCCAAGAGGCUGAAGAUGGAGGGACACGAGGCCAUGGAGAGGCUGAAGAUGCUGGCGCUGCUCAAGCGCAAGGACCUGGCGGGGCUGGAGGUGCCCCACGAGCUCCCGGUGAAGCCGGACGGGAUCAAGGGCUACGAGGAGAAGCUCAACGGGAGCCUGAGGCCCCACGGGGACGGGCGGAGCGCGGCCCGGCCGGGCAAGGAGAACAUCAACGACGAGCCCGUGGACAUGAGCGCCAGGAGGAGUGACCAGGACCGGGGCAGGUUGACCCCGUCCCCGGACAUCAUCGUCCUGUCGGACAACGAGGCCUCCAGCCCCCGCUCCAGCUCCCGCAUGGAGGAGCGGCUCAAGGCGGCCAACCUGGAGAUGUUCAAGGGGAAGAGCCUGGAGGAGAGGCAGCAGCUGAUCAAGCAGCUCCGGGACGAGCUGCGGCUGGAGGAGGCCCGGCUGGUGCUCCUCAAGAAGCUGCGGCAGAGCCAGCUCCAGAAGGAAAACGUGGUGCAGAAGACCCCCGUUGUCCAGAACGCCGCGUCCAUCGUGCAGCCGUCCCCUGCCCACGUGGGACAGCAGGGCCUGUCCAAGAUCCCCUCCCGGCCCGGAGCUCAGGGCGUGGAGCCGCAGAAUUUAAGGACAUUACAGGGCCACAGCGUGAUCCGCUCGGCCGCCAGCUCAGCCCUGCCCCACAUGCUGAUGUCCCAGCGCGUCAUCGCCCCCAGCCCCGCCCAGCUCCAGGGCCAGCGCGGGCCCCAGAAACCCGGCCUGGUCCGCAGCUCCACGCCCGGCAUGAGCCCUGCCAUCAACUACCAGCCGCAGUCGGGCUCCUCGGUGCCGUGCCAGCGCUCGUCCUCCUCCGCCAUCUACAUGAACCUCGGUCCCAAAUCCCCACCUGACCCCAAAUCCUCAAACCGUCAUGUCGUGCCGGGCGCUGAGUCGGGGUGCGUUUCAGGGAAGAGCGCGCCGGCGGUGCCGCGCGUGGAGCCGUUCGUGUGCGCGCAGUGCCGCACGGACUUCACGCCGCACUGGAAGCAGGAGAAGGGCGGGCGGAUCCUGUGCGAGCAGUGCCAGACCUCCAACCAGAAGAAGGCGCUCAAGGCCGAGCACACGAAUCGCCUCAAGAACGCCUUCGUCAAGGCCCUGCAGCAGGAGCAGGAGAUCGAGCAGCGGCUGCAGCAGCAGGCUGCCCUGUCCCCCACGGCCGCGCCCGCCGUGCCCAGCGUGGGCAAACAGGACGGGAUCCUGCGGCACCACACGCUCCGGCAGGCCCCGCAGCCCCAGAGCAGCCUCCAGCGCGGCAUCCCCACCUCCGCCCGCUCCAUGCUCUCCAACUUCGCCCAGGCCCCGCAGCUCUCCGUGGCCGGGGGGCUCCUGGGAAUGCCAGGGGUGAACAUCGCCUACCUGAACGCCGGCAUCGGGGGCCACAAAGCGUCGAGCCUGGCGGACCGGCAGCGGGAGUACCUGCUGGAUAUGAUCCCGCCGCGCUCCAUAGCGCAGUCCAUCAGCGGGCAGAAAUAGCCCGGGCCUGCCCCGCUGCCCCUGCCGACCGCGAGGAACAAACCGAGAAACCGCGGGGAAACCAACGAAACCAACAACAAACAACAGAACAGCGAAACAGACAAAACAAACAUUUCAAAGGGCGAGCCGCCCCCAGCCCAGCCCGAAACUCCCUGGGUUCGCCAGGCCGGGAGUGGCUCCGGCCCCGCCGCUCGUUUUGUAACGCCGCCGCUUCCCCCUUGUGUUGUGGGUUGUUUUUUGCCCCUUUUUUCCUUAUUUUUGCCGCCCUCCCUUCGCUCCAUGGAUGGUUAAAGCUUUUUUCUCCCUUUUUCCAGAGACUUUGGCAAGGGCACCUUCCCCUUUCCCCAAGGGGGGAGAUU